GUAUUACUACUACAUCUACAAACGAUAAAUAACUUUUCUCGAUACCAUGUUAUAUCUUGGUUGUGGUUGAUUUUGUGAAUACUAUGUAAAAGUACUUAGUUUUUCCUGAAUUAUCCUUACAAUGAGCAAGUUUAUUUUUUAAAAUUUGAUGUGGGUUGUCAUUUUAAAGGUAAUAUUGGACAAAGCCUUGAAAGAAACGGAACUUGUGUCAUUAUUCUAUUGGGAUUUGCGAUUGUGAAAAUGUCAAAGUUCACUCGUAGACCGAACGUAGUGGGUAUUUAUUCUAGUAAAAAUAUAAAAAUAUAAUGAUUUAUAAGUGAAAAAUUGUGUUGAAUGGAAUGUGUGAAAUUGUGAAUUAUCAUGAAGUACCAGAACUUUAAGGUCUUAUUCUAAACCUAUAAAGUAAGGAAAAAAAAUAACCAUGCUUAUUAAAGAGUAUAGAAUACCCCUUCCCCUUACUGUAGAGGAAUACAGGAUUGCUCAGCUGUAUAUGAUAGCAAAAAAGAGUAAAGAGGAAAGUACAGGUGAAGGCAGUGGAGUAGAAAUUAUAGUCAAUGAACCAUAUGAUAAUGGACCUGGUGGUAAAGGCCAGUAUACACAAAAAAUCUAUCAUGUCGGAAGUCAUUUACCUGGUUGGUUCAAAAGUUUACUGCCAAAGUCUGCUUUAACAGUAUCAGAAGAAGCAUGGAAUGCUUACCCCUACACAAAGACUAAAUACACUUGCCCCUUUGUUGAGAAGUUCUCAAUUGAAAUUGAAACUUACUAUUUUGAUGAUAACGGCCACCAAGAAAAUGUUUUUAAAUUGUCUGGAAGUGAUUUGAAAAAUAGAAUGGUAGAUGUCAUUGAUGUUGUCAAAGAUCAACUGUACGGGGCAGAUUAUGUCAAAGAAGAAGAUCCAAAACUUUUUGUAUCUCAAAAAUGUAAUAGAGGACCUCUCACUGAAACUUGGUUGGAAGACUAUUGGAGGGAAGUUAGGGGAAAGCCACAACCUUUACCUAAUGGAAAGUCCCUUAUGUGUGCUUACAAAUUAUGUAGGGUAGAGUUUCGUUACUGGGGAAUGCAAACAAAACUAGAAAAGUUUAUUCAUGAUGUUGCCCUAAGAAAGACAAUGUUGAUAGCACAUAGGCAAGUUUGGGCUUGGCAGGAUGAGUGGCAUGGUUUGACAAUGGAAGAUAUAAGAGAAAUUGAAAGACAGACUCAGCUUGCAUUGAAAAAGAAAAUGGGAGGAGAAUCUAGUGAUGAACCUGAUCAAAAUUCUGAAGAUAAUUCUAAGUCACUUGCAGCAACAAUGAGUAGUCUUGAGAAAAAUGAAGAUUUGGCAACACCAAUGACUACAAAGAAGAGCAGUAACGAAAAGCACAGCCAUUUGUCACCGGAAAGCACACCACCAUCAGAACCAAGGAGUUCUUCCAAAACAAAUCUUAGGUCAUCAUCUUCAGGUUCACUUAAAAGUAUGCAGACCCAAGUCGCUAAUUGGAGAAUGGAAACAUUAGUUCGAGAAUCGGAAACAGAAACUGGUUCAGAGGAUGAGUUUUAUGACUGUGAAAGUUCUUUCAAUAAGUGGUCUUCAAUGUGUUCAUUAGAUGAAGCUGAUAUUGAUAUAUCGCCAACACAAGGUGAUUAUAAUCAAGACGAUAGUAUAUUUAAUCCUUCAUUUUUAAAGAGGGUGACAUCAGAAAGAGGUUCUAGGAGAAUGGUGGCCUUACAUAGUCAUCAAAGUAUAGAUGGAUGCCCAGAUACACCAGUACAUAGUUCCUGUGCAACAACUGUAUUAAUCCUAGUUUUUCAUGCUGGGAGUGUGCUUGAUGCUAAUAUUGAUAUGACUGCAAAAAAAUCUGAUGUGACUACAUUCAAGGGAGCUUUUGAGUCAGUUAUGCGGCAACAUUAUCCUACACUUGUGGGGCAUAUAACAAUAAAGUUAGUGUCAUGUCCAUCAAUCUGUACAGAAGCAUUAGGAGUAUUGUCUACUCUCAGUCCUUAUAGCUUUGAUUGUUCCCCAUCAACUAUGGAAUCGCCAUCUUUGACAAACGAUCUAAUACCAAUUGGAGCUAUUCCAUUAAUAGCUACUUCAUCCCCUGAAUAUUCAGAUCACAUUACCAAAACAAUUGUGUCUGCAAAUGCUGUUUACAAUGAAUUUAUAAAGUCUGAUGAUGGAAAAGGUUUUGCAGGACAAAUUUGUAUUGUAGGGGAUAGUAUGGGGUCAUUACUAGCGUAUGAUGCUUUGUGUCGAACUUUGCAGUACCAAUCACGUCAUGACAGUGAAACAAGUAUUUUAGAUACUGAAAUAACGAUUCCAAAUGAACCCUCUGAACACUAUUUAAAUAAAUCUCAUUUACAAGCUCCAACUCCUAGAAGAAGAUCUUCCACAGCAAGUGAUAAUCAAAGCAAAUUAGAAUUCGAAGUUUCGGACUUCUUUACAUUCGGAAGCCCAUUAUCGCUUAUUUUAGCUUCAAGAAAGAUUUCCGAUGACAAGACUUCGGAUAUUGUAAAGCCACCCGUUCAACAAGUGUACAAUUUAUUCCAUCCCACAGACCCAGUUGCUGCAAGGCUUGAACCCUUAUUAUCAGCAAGAUUUACUAAUCUACCACCUAUAAAUGUUGCAAGAUAUGCUAAAUAUCCACUGGGUAAUGGACAGCCAUAUCAUUUAAUGGAGUUAAUACAGAGUCACCCAACAUUAUUCGGAGAUCAUUUGCCAAUGCCUCCGACACCUAUUCUUAGAAGGUUGUCAGAAGCUUCAGUACAAAGCACAGUAAGCGGAUUAGCUGAUAAUAUACCAUUAAUUACAAUGAAUGCUCUACAACAAAAAUGGUGGGGUUCGAAACGGUUGGAUUAUGCACUUUAUUGUCCCGAAGGCUUAGCAAAUUUUCCAACGAAUGCAUUGCCGCAUUUAUUCCAUGCUAGUUAUUGGGAAAGUUCAGACGUUAUUGCGUUUAUUUUACGACAAGUGGGACACUUCGACUUAGCUUUAUACAGUCACGCUGAAGACAAAGAUUGUACACUUUUUCAACCUGGCCAAGAUAAAGAAAAAUGGAUAAAGAAGAGAACAUCAGUAAAAUUAAAAAAUGUUGCUGCAAACCAUCGAGCUAACGACGUUAUUUUAAAAGAGGGUUGCCCACAAACAUUUACGGCAAGAUUUAUGUACGGUCCUUUAGACAUGAUAACAUUGACUGGAGAAAAAGUCGAUAUACAUAUGAUGAAAGAUCCGCCCGCGUGCGAAUGGACUUUAUUAGAAACGGUUGUGACGGAUAAAACUGGAAGAAUUUCAUAUACACUGACUGACAAACAAAGUGUUGGCUGCGGUAUAUAUCCAUUCCGAGUAGUCGUACGAGGUGAUCAUACCAGUUGCAAUUUUCAUCUUGCGGUUGUACCUCCGCAAACAGAAUGUGUCGUGUUUAGUAUCGACGGAUCUUUCACAGCCAGUAUGUCAGUGACGGGUCGAGACCCAAAAGUGAGGGCCGGUGCGGUUGAUGUUGUACGAUUUUGGCAAGACUUGGGCUAUCUGAUCCUGUACAUAACGGGUCGCCCUGAUAUGCAACAAAGAAAAGUGGUUUCAUGGUUAGCCGAGCACAAUUUCCCGCACGGUCUAGUAUUUUUCUCGGACGGUUUAUCAACGGAUCCUUUGGGCCACAAGGCGGCACACUUAAAUAGUCUCAUAAACGAACAUGGCGUGAUAUUUCAUGCUGCAUAUGGCUCUGGCAAGGACAUCAGUGUAUAUCACAAUUGCGGAUUAUUACCCAAGCAAAUUUAUGCUAUUGGCAGAAUUAGCAAAAAAUACAAUAAUAUGGCUACACCUCUGAGCGAAGGUUAUGCUUCUCAUUUGGCUGAUUUAAAGCAGCCGGGUGCCGUGCGACCGGCGAGAGGCAACGCGCGCUUGUUGGUACCGCGGCGACUUCUGGCUCCGGUAAGUAAUGCGCCUACAACUCGCGUUCGUCGUUAAACUUAAGUCGUUUUUCAUAAUAUAUUUUACGUAGUUAAUAUUAUUCUUAUAUUUUAAUAUUUUAUAAAUUACGCACGCCAGGAACUCAAUAAAGCAGUUAAUAAUAAGACAUGACAAUCUAUCGAUUUUGUCGAUAUUUAUUGCUUGACGAUUUUUAAAGUUAUUUUGAGUUUUGUAAUGACACUGAAAGAAACUAUAUUUUUCCAAUAAAAUACAUAUAAUAUAUUUGAUAUUGAUUAUUAUAGAUAUAUUUAGAAUUAUAAAGUGAUUUGUAUAAAUUCUCUUGUCACAUGUACCUUACUAAUUUAUUCUUAUAAUAAAGUAAAUGAAUUUACAUAAAUAUUCUGUAGAUAUUUAUGUACUAUCAAUGUUCAAUUUCAAUCUUUAAAGGUUUUUGCUAUAAUUUUGGUAUUUAUAGCUAUGAUUAAGGCUCGGAAUCUCCUGUAAUGUGUGGAAAAUUAAAAUUAAUCUAGUCUUUUCUAUAGCCGUAGCAAACGGCGCCUUAGUUUGGCCUGGUUUAUUCAAACUAUAUUUUAUUCAAAAAUAAUUUAUUAUAAGUACUUACCUAUUUAUUAUUAUUAAAAGUUUUAGAUUUAAACCUGGUCAAACCGAGCAAUAUAUCAUGCUACGCCUAUGGUCUAUAAGCAAUUGUUAUUAAUAUUUUAUUAUUAUUAAAUUAAGGGUAGAGCUUUGAAUUAACUACAAUGGAAUACUUAAAGAGUAAUCUAGUAAAGUGGUGGAGGUUUAUUGAUUAUUAUGAAGAAAAUUGAUGAUUUUUUUUUAAUUCUUUGUAACCACCGUAACUACUUCCUGUAUAAACUUACGAC